AUGUACUACACCAACGAGGAACUAGAUGGUUUUGACAAUAAGCGGACCGAGAUUGAGAAGUGUGCGGCCAGACUCAGACUCGCUGCCGGUGGUGUCGGAUACAAUAUCAUCCAUCAAACUGGAAUCAGCAUCUUCGGAGUACAAGUCAACCUGAUGCACCGUCAAGGCACACCUUCUGGUCCACCUCUGGUCACAACACCCGCAAUCGCGAGCUCAGCGAUUCCUGCCUCUCAGGCGGUACAGUCUGACUCCACAAGUCCGCCUGAACCAUCGUAUCCUACACUCCGCAUGCUCCAUCGUUGCGUACUGGAAAAGGCCAGAACUGAGCGAAUUGACGGCUUCAUGGCCCGCUCUGUCGCUUUCUCCAAGUCCUUCAAAGACGAUGCGGAUAAUGCGUUUGAUCGAGAGACCUACAAGCGCGGCGGUCAGGCAAUGCGGGUUCAUUUCGAAGAGUGCGGCGCACAAGCCUCGUAUAGCGCCGACGUGAUGGUUUGUGAUGCAAGCACCUGCUAUUCCGACUGUGCUAUAUUACCUGGUGUGCAGCUAUUGCCUCCUUUGGCAACUGGUGGCCAGCCAUUCGUUCACUCCAUUCGCGACUGCUUCAAGCCUAGUAACGGAGAGCUGGAGUUCCAACCGCUGGAGACUGACAACUACGCUUUCUUCGACAAAGUGCCAGAGCUGGAACAUGGAGUGCCCGUGUGUUUCGAUAUCGACGCUUCUGGGAGCAAAGUCCAAGUCCUUACAACAGUUUGCAGAUGGGAUAAAUGCGAGACAUGCAAGCUAUUCCUGUGCGAUGAUGACAUUGCGAGAUUGGAGGAGAACAAGGAGAAUGAUGGUAUCACGGAGGAGAAGGGGAAUGCCCUUGCUCGACCUCGUUCGAAGAGAGAAGACCAAGAAUACCAACACGAUAUCGAUCAAGGCGAGACUUGGGGGUAUGCGAAUGAAACUGGAUGGGAUAAUGGAUCUGGAUGGAAUAAUGGAUCUGGAUGGGCUGAUGGAUCUGCAUGGGGUAAUAGAUCUGCAUGGGAUUAUGGUUCUGUCAUUGAACCACCAUUUGAUUAUACCGCUCUUGUAAAGCGCUUUGCAAGGAGCACGAGCACAGACGGCUUGGAAGGGCUGAUUGAGCAUGUUUCUUCGAUGGACCCAGAUCUUGCCGAAGCAACACUUAGGAGUUUGAACAUGCAGCCGUCAGAGGAGGAUGACCGACUGGAAGAUGGGGGAUUGGAAGAUUGCUUGAGCUGCGAUGUCAAGAAAGGGAAGGAAAAGUAG